UACUCACAGUUUCCCAGUUUACUCUAAUUGAUAUUUGUUUAAUUCAUGUAUCCCCAAUUGUCUUUUUGACCCCUGCAAAAGCUACAAUACCCAUAACUCAGAGCUCAUCGUGAGCACGGACGUAUAAUCCCUAGUCUACACAGCCCGCUGGAAUCCAUCGACACCAACAUUAGGGAGAGGAAGUAACAGGCUAGCACACUCCUCGGCCUCUCUCGCGUUCAUCUGUUCUUGCGGGGAAAGAGACCUCCACGCGCUACAUCUCCAACCCCACCAACGAGCAUACAGUCCAGCCAUGCAGAGAUACCCAUUUAAAACACGUAACUGGGAUGCCGUAACCGACGAUAUUCGCUACGAGCGAGCUCUGACCCAGGGCAUCAAAAUUCAAAGCUACACCAUCUCCCCUGCAGCUCCAGAAAUCAGCUGCGAGGUGCGUGGAUCGACCGGCGCUAGGUACACGGUGUACCUCAGCACACAUGACGUCCCAGAUUGCUCGUGCCCGGACUGCGGGAAUGGGAAUAUAUGUAAACAUAUCUACAAUGUGGUCGACGAGCUUCUCGACGGGCGAGGGGUCAGUGAUGCUGUGUAUGAGGAGUGGGAUAUGCCCCUAAUUUCGAGGGCGAGGUCAGUGCUGGAGAGGAGGUUUGGAAGCAGUAGUAACAAGGUGCCGAAAAAAGCUACGUCUGUACCCACACCUGUGCCCGCGCGUGUGCCUGCUGCACCUGCUCCCGCAGCUCCAGGACCCUCGACGAGAGCUCCGGCCCGAGUACCAAUUCUAGCGGCCCAGUACCCCGCCUUUGUCCCCGCUGCUCCAUUGAACCCAAUCCAGCAAACCCCACCAUACCCAAACAUUGAAGCAGAAGUUGACGACCUCCUCCCGCACACAAAUAUUCACACUUUCCUCCGCACAUUAGCAAUCACAAGCCCAUCCGUUCUAGCUGCCCUUCGUGCGGAAGCAACGCCCCGCGUGCAUGCCCUCGACUUUACAAACUUCAAAAAUCAAGUCCUGCAUAUUGUGCAUACCGUCGAUAAUGUCCCUGAUCCCGCGAGGCCGGUCGUCGUUAGAGGCAUUGAGGAUCACCUGUGGGGGUUUCUUAACGAGAUCAAGACAAAGACGACGAAACAUACCCCCUUCAAAGCAAGAUCUACCGGAUUUGAAGUAUGUUUGAUGAUCCUGAAGGGUCUGGGAGAAGUAGGUGGUGUGUUCUUGAGACAGAAUGGACUUGUAAAGAGUGCUGUUGAGGUUAUGAUUCAUCUGGAUGUGAAGGGAGAUAUGGUUAGGAAGUUUGAUAGGGAGGUCAUGUGGUGGGUUGGAAUGUAUGCCAAUAUUGAGGGGGGAUUAUUUGGAAGGUUGAUCAGGGAAAGGGGGGAGAUUGUUGUUCUAGAGUGA